CUUCAACUGAAAGAGUUUCCUACUCGUAAUCCUACCAAUCAAUACCAGUACCCCAAAUUUCCUCUUGCGAGUAUCUUCGAUAUUUUGUUUCGCCGCCAACAGGAAACCCUUCGUGAUGUUCCUACAAGGACAGGCUUCAGCCACGUUGUUAUCUCGGAAAUGAUGCUCUACCGGCCAUCUCCAACGUCUGCCAAGUUUCAUUCUAUGACGCAAGCCCAGCAGCCCAGCAUGGCCAACAACCCACCACACCUCACCACAUCUGUCUCCUCUGGCAUCAGACUUGGACGUAUCAAGUCCUGUUUCCGUACAAUGAUGCUUCGAGAUAUGACCUUGUUCUUGGUGCCUUGCAUCCGGUUCUGAUCUCGACGUGCGAUCGUUAAAGAUAGACUCCAUACCUGGUUCCUGGGAAAUCCUUAGAGCCUCAUGUUUCGCAAUACCUAACGACUUUACGAUACUGAUAUACAUUCAUAUACCCCCAAACAUGCUUUCUUGUAAUAUCAACCAAAGCCGUCCAGGAUGGCAUUUCGCUGCACUCGUCGCUCUAUUAUUUUCACCCCCAGCAGUCCUCGCACAAGCGAAUCGCAAUUCUAAGCGUGGCAUAGCUUACUUGGGAGACACCCAUCGUGCCGACAACAAUCUUUUGAUCUCUUCUUCAACCCCCCUAUCUUGGUAUUACAACUGGUCUCCGUACCCGAAUACCGAUCAAAUACCUCGCGAUGGACCUCUGGAAUUCAUUCCUCUCAUCCACGGAAUCGAUGGCGCAGAGGACUCUCAGACCGCCCGCGUGAUCGGUUCCUUACCCGAAUCCUCUAGCCACAUACUGAGCUUCAACGAACCAGACGGCACAAAGGACAGUGGCGGUUCGAGCAUCGAACCGAAGGAUGCCGCAAAGGCCUACAUAGAACACAUAGUGCCAUACCGCAAUGGCGAGAACGGCGGCCGCAAAUGGAAGAUCUCGCACCCGAGCACGACGGGCUCCCCCAUGGGGUUGGAGUGGCUUCGGCGCUUCAACGAGUCCUGCUACGAGAUCGACUCGGAGAAUGGGUGCCCUACCGACUUCAUCGCCGCACAUUGGUAUGGCGCGUUUGACGGCCUGACCAGCUGGCUGGGGACGCUGGAUGAGUUCUACAACAAGAACGCCUCGUUGGACUUGAAGAUCUGGGUCACAGAGAUGGCACUGCCGCAAGCCGAUGAAAAAGCGACCGUGGCCAUGAUGAACUCUAGUCUGGGCUAUUUGGAUGGGUUGGAUUAUGUUGAAAGAUAUGCUUGGUUUGGUGCUUUUCGAUCAAGCGAUGCGAAUGAGUGGACGGGAGAUGGUGUUGCGUUGUUCGACAAAAAAGGUGGCUUGACCGAGUUGGGUGCGCUCUACAUGGGUGGAGAGCAGAACGGCUUCAAGGAGGGCCAGAAGGGUGAGGGCGAAGGUGCAGCGAGUGGGUUUAGAGUCAGUGGUGGCCUUGUAGCUGCGUUAGCGAUGUUGACCGUAUACGUCAAUGGUUUCUGGUAGUCAUCAUACGCUCCUGUCAAUAUAUUGAUCAUUAUCUCACUA